AUGUCACCCCAAAGGAAGCACGAAGGCUGGUAUACUGCCAGAUUGCCCAAGCCUAGACUAGGGAAGUCGGGAGGCAAAGGUCGCGUUCGAAGCUCGAACCUUCCGCUGGACUAUUUGCCUCCUGUGUUUGUCGAACUGGAUAUCCUCACUUGUCCUACCGCGGGUGUACUUGGACCCGAAGCAGGCUCAACUCACCCCAAUCCAGCCUCGGAGCAGAGUGCACCCUCACGACAUCCUUCUCAUUGGCUUGAGACGGCGCGCUGGGUGCGUUACGAAGAGGACCUGGAUCCACUCGCGGGCAACUUUGGCCAAGCACAUAGCCCACCUCUAACUUUUCAUGCUGUCGUCGAAUGCCGCCGUUAUUUGGAACAAGGUGCCAUCGUGCUUCAGUCCAACACGGUAGGUGACCAACCGCCGUCCCAUGCUGCUGGAUAUUCGGGCUUUGUUGAGCUGGAUGCGGCUAUGCGUGUGCUGCGUCAUGAUUGUGGUGCAACUACCGAGGACGUGGCGUUGAUUUGGAACGCACUUCGACUGCGUCACCACCACGUGUGUGAUUUGCCACAUCAACCUUUGGAGCUGUCCAGUAACUGGCUUGCUUCCCGGUCUCAAGGAUUGCAGUUUUCCCGUGCGGUUACUUCUGUCGACCUCCAGAGGCCACAGAAUGCUGGCGAUGGCAAGCGGACUGCAUCGGUCCCAACACUGCGUGGACUCAACGCAAGCACAGUCCAGCCUUCCCAUCAUUCAUCUGCAGUGCCUAUCGGACAACGCGCCUUGUCACUGAUCCAUCGUGCGCUGACGCCAAAUGGAACAGAACGCCCCUCGUGUACCCCGCCGGUACAACCAAGAGAUCGCUCAAGUCCUGAUAUCCAGCAGCAAUCUUCAGAACUGGCUCCAUCUGUUGUCAGAGCCCCCAAGUUAGGCGACUGUCACCUCAGAGUUCCUUCUAAUAAACAUGCCAGUGAUUUAGAGGGUCGACUGAGUCCGUCGACCGAAGUUGUGUCUGUACAGGUCAGUCUCACUUCGUUCGCUUGGCUAAUGUCGUAUUGCACUUUCUCUACUCAAGAUGAACCGCACACUUUGAAUGUGACGUUUAAUUUUUCAGGGUUAAAGAUUUCCGCUUAUGACCACGAUUUAUUAGUUUCUCUCCCAGAAACACACUCCUCGAUUUUCCCACCUUUUCAUAGUAAUCAUAAUGCUCAAACAAUGUUUGUUUUUCUUCUGUUCUCCCAACAACAACAGGUUGGUGUACUUCCCGGACUAAGAACUCCUCUGUUGGUAUUUCUUCGACUUCAUCGUUCACUCUUUAUUGCGGAUUUCGCAGAACUGUCGGACUCGUACCCUAUCCGUUUUGUUGUUCUAUUUCUGGGCCCCGAUCGACGUCAUUUGGACUACGGCGAAGUGGGUCGUGUUCUCGCCACAAUGAUGGUAGAUAAGGCAUUUAGGAGCGUGGCCUAUACUGCCAGUUCCCGUGACGACCUACUUGAUGGCUUGCGCGUUUUCUUGGACACCACGAUCGUAGUGCCCUUGCUCAGCGAUAUCACACCCCGGAGUUUGCUAGCCAUGCAUGAUCAGAUUCGUCUGUUUCGACACAGUCGACAAUCGGGCGAUACGCACAAAGCACGACUCACCCGAGCAACCAAACGGUCACGUUCAAGGUCCCGUAAAGCUCGCGCUGGUUCCCAUCACAAACGCUCCGAUCUCGAUUCAACCCAUCUGCUAGGUGAGCGAGAACGCAAAGUACCAGAACACCACACCUCGGUGGGAGCAAACACCACUGGCGUAUCACCUGCUCGCGCUGGUUCCCAUCACAAACGCUCCGAUCUCGAUUCAACCCAUCUGCUAGGUGAGCGAGAACGCAAAGUACCGGAACACCACACCUCGGUGGGAGCGAACACCACUAGCGUAUCACCUGCUAUUCAUCAGCACACCCACAAGUCCGUGUACGCCAGUAUCGUCUCGUCGACGUUCUGCCGAGUCAGAGCGCCGUGCACAGAAGAGAUCGACCGACAGGCAGCUCAAAUCGAGAUUGUCAACAGGCUUCAAGAAAUAGAAUUUUCAGUGAGUUUGAUUGAGCAUCAACUAAGAAAGAUAUUGGCUCCAUUAUCUCAACCCAGUAAGGAAUGGAUUGGCACAGCAGUCAUUCCAUAUAAAGCAGGAGCAUUCGGAGAUUAUCGAAGACUGUUGAACCUAGCCAACAUUAGAGUACCUUUCCAGAAGGGAAAAACGCUGCGCUCAAUUUUGGUGCAAUUGAAAGAUCCCCUUCCGGUUGAAAGGACAAGGGACUGUGUAUAUAAAAUUAACUCCAACGAUUGA